CAAAACUGUAUAGCGACGACACCAAGCUGGGAAAAAUACGCAGCUGGGGUGUGUCAGACUACACCCCUAUUUAUGUCAGAGAGCGAGAGAAAUGACUACACACACUGAGUGUGAGAGAGAGAGAGAGAGAGAGAGAGAGAGAGAGAGAAACGAAGAAACGAGAAACGUCAUCGCCUUGCAAACAAGGAAGUGUGUGUUUAAAAGUAAGAUUUCCAGUUGCCUUAGUAUAAAGUGAGUGUAUUAUUUUUCUCUGGACGUAAACAAGGAAGAAGCUACGCCUGGAGUUGGCUUUAGUGGAUCUACAGGAGUGUUAGUGCCUACCAUGCACGUCUUUGGACUUGGGGAGGAAACGAGUACGCGGAGGAAACCCCCGCAGCACGGGCAGAACAUGCAAACUCCGCGCACACACAGGGCCACGGUGGGAAUCGAACCCUUGACCCUGGAGGUGUGAGGCAACCAUGCUAACCACUAAGCCACCGUGUGCUCUUGAGAAUCUCUGAGUCAGCAUGUCCAGAUCAGACUUCCCGCCAGGCUAUGAUGAGUCGCGGCUCAUUUCAGAUCCUCAAGCUCGGGGUGUACAGCCUUCCGCACCCCCUCCAGCCUACAAUUACUCUCCAUAUAGCGGGCAACCACAGCCUGGACCCUACCCUGGAGCUCCCUACUCCCAGCCUUUUGCUCCUUACCCUGGGCAGCCUGGAAUGUACCCCUCACAGCCAGGACUCCCCGGUCAAGGGUAUCCACCACAUCCAGGACAUCCCGGUCAAGGAUACCCACCACCAAUGCCGCCCAUAAUCCCACCAACGAUACCCAUCUCUGAUUCAGGUGAUGAUGGCUUCACCACGACGUCAGGAUGGGAGAGCGUGAACGUGCGACAUGCUUUCAUUCGCAAAGUGUACCUGAUCCUUGCAGCUCAGCUCCUCGUCACAGUCAGCAUCGUGGCUGUUUUCACUUUUGUACAACCUGUGCAGAAUUUUGUGGUGAAAAAUCCAGCACUCUACUGGGCUUCAUAUGCCGUGUACAUCAUCACACACCUUGUGUUGGUCUGCUGUAAGGGUCCCAGGAGGCGUUACCCUUGGAACCUUAUCCUGCUCGCCAUAUUUACUCUGGCUUUGUCCUAUAUGACCGGGACAAUAUCAAGUUACUAUAACACCAAGUCGGUUUUCCUGGCGCUGGGUAUCACCGUAAUCGUCUGCAUCGCUGUGACGGUCUUCUGCUUCCAGACAAAGGUGGAUUUCACCAAAUGCGGAGGUCUUUUCUGCGUCCUGGGAAUCGUUGUCUUCGUGACUGGAAUCAUCACCGCAAUCGUACUGUCAUUUAAAUAUAUCCCGUGGCUUCAUAUGCUGUAUGCUUCUAUUGGAGCAAUUGUGUUCACGCUGUUCCUGGCCUAUCACACGCAACUUCUUAUCGGGAACAGGAAGCACUCGAUAAAUCCGGAGGAGUACGUGUUCGCCGCUCUCUCCAUCUACGUCGACGUCAUUCAGAUUUUCCUUUUCCUCCUGCAAAUCAUCGGAGCUGCUCAAAGAUAGGAGUGGCCUUUGAACUUCUUGUGUCCAACGCACUUCCAUGCAGUUACAAUCAUGUGUUUACUGAAUAUUUUGAGGGGAAAAAAAAACAUUGUAUCAGAUCGUAGACAUUAGUAUGAUUUAAAAUUCUUCUAACAUCAGGACAGAAGGUGUUUAAUAAAAGAGCUGAUUCUUUUGUGCUGAAUUUAGGAUGCUGGUUUACUCCAUAAACACCUUCUUAAUCAUUAUAUUAAGUUGAGCUGGAAAUCCAUUUUAUACACACUGUAUUCAUUAUGUUUUGAUAUGAGUGGGAAUUUUAUUUGUACUAAUAAUGAAUUCAAGUCUAUACGUCUAUUUUGUGCAAGUUCAACAUUUUGGACUUUUUUUUAUGAUUAAUAAAAAUAAUAUAGUUUAAUCAAGAUGCCUGAACAAAAAAGUCACUGAAGUGGAAGAUUACUAUUAAAAUGAAUCAUAUUAAUAAUUUCAUUAUAGUGAGAUUCAGAAAUAUUGGCACCCUAAAUAAGUCACUACAAAAAACAAAUAACCUACAAGUUAAUUCAAAUGCUAUUUCAAAGUGCUAUAUAAAUAUAUCUAUAACAUAUGUAUAAAAUAUUAUAUCUCCUGAAACAAGAGAAAAUCAACCCAGCAAAUUAAAUACAUAUAUAAUAAUGUGCAUGAUCUCUUUUCAAGCUCCAAUUUUCUACAGCUGAGUACAAAAUUCUGUGCAUCCACAGAACAAGACAAAAUGUCUUUAUAUCAAAGCAUUUAGUAAAAAGAUAUACAAAUUUUUAAAGUACAUAAAUAGUGUACUGAAAACAACAGAUGGUAUUCGUCCACAGUUCAUUCAUCUUUUUUUUUUCUUAAUGUGAAAUAAAUAUUCUGUAAUCACUUGCAUGCUCAUCACCUACCUGUUUGCAUGUCAUGAAAUUCUCAUUUCUAAUUAACAAAUUGUAAAAGAGAGACUGUUUUCCUUUUUUUUUUACGCAGAAAGCAUGGAAGAUACAAACCUUUGCACUCAACUGCAUUUAACACUGACUACAGUGAAAUCAAACCAUGUGUUCAAUAUGUAUGGGGAUGUCUAAUGUCUUUAUCUGUGCUGUGUCAUAGGGAUGGGUGAUAUGGCAAAAAUAUAUUGUGAUACUGGAAGACACUGAUACUUAGUUUCACAAAGGUUUCGCUAACAAAAUGACAGAAAAAUCAGUGGCACUAUAAUUAUAUAUACAUAUAAUUACAAAAUCUAUAAAUUACUUAUUUAAUUAAACAUCAUAUCACGAUAUUGCUAUCAUGUGGUCAUAUCGCACAGCCCUAGGACAUCACUAUUACAGCUACCGCAACGCUUAUGUGCUACUGUUUUUUGUAAUAAAAGGUGCCAAUAAGUUUGCACCUUCUUAUUAUGAUAGUGACUUUAUAUGACUAUACUUAAAAUUUGUAAAUAAAAGGAACUUUACAUAUAAGUAGAGAUUAUAGCAUUAUAGAUUUAUUGUUUAUCAUGCUGUUGUUUUUUUAACAAACACAUUUGUACACCACAUAUUGUAUAUAUUAAACAUAAAUAAAGGUUACACAUACAUUCAA